GAACCAGUAUUCUGACACUGGAUGUAGCUAGUCGGAUUUAUUUCGUUAACGCACUUUUGGAGAUCAAGCGACAAGCGCCUAUACAACGCCUGGAAAUGGCAGUGACUCUACACACAGACCUUGGUGAGAUAAAAAUCGAGUUGUUCUGUGAGCGAGCUCCAAAAUCAUGUGAAAACUUUCUUGCCCUCUGCGCCAGCGGUUUUUACAAUGGCAGCAUCUUUCAUCGCAACAUCAAGGGCUUCAUGGUGCAGACGGGAGACCCAACAGGCACUGGUAAGGGAGGGACCAGUAUUUGGGGGCGGAAGUUUGAAGAUGAGUUUAGCGAACACCUGAAGCAUAAUGUACGCGGUGUAGUUUCCAUGGCAAACAAUGGCCCCAACACAAAUGCAUCGCAGUUCUUCUUCACCUACGCCAAGCAGCCACAUCUGGACAUGAAAUAUACUGUGUUUGGAAAGAUCAUUGAUGGCAUGGAAACCCUGGAUGAACUUGAGAAACUUCCUGUCAAUGAGAAGACAUUUCGGCCCCUGACUGAAGCAAGAAUAAAGGAUGUGACUCUUCAUGCCAACCCAUUUGCGGGAUAGACAUCAACAUUUACAUUAAAACAACAUUUACUUGGUAUUAACAUUGGUUAAUAACGACCUAUGUACCUGAAUGAAAUCAUUUUGACCUAUUACAUGUAUCUGGAUGACACAGACACACAAAUACAGACAAAUGUUGGUAUUGGUAAUGUAAGUAACUGAAUUUGUCAGUUCUCUAUUCCUUGCUGUAUCAGUUAAUAUGUAUUUGGGAUUUUGUAUGAAUAAAUGUUUUUUUUUAUAUUUA